AAUUUAAUCAAAUGUUUUCUUCAUAAAACAUAUAUAAUGUUUUCUUUUAUUUAGUUUCGCAAUUGCAUUUUUGAAAAACUAACAUGCUUUAAUGAUACUUUAUUAGUAAUUUUUUUUGAAAGAUACUUUAUUUGUAAUUAUACUGGUCUAAAUACUAGUAUGGAUAGCCUAAAUGGUACUUGAUAAAUUAAAAUUUCCCAAGUCCUGGGUUCAAAUCUACUGGUACCUAGAUACCAAAAAAAUACUGGUCUAAAUGAGUUUUACUAGAAUUGUAAUUGACCUUUUCAUUUUCUUUGACGGAAUAGGAGAAUUUAUGCAUGAAAUAACUAAAUCAUAGGCCCUAAAUCAGCAAAAUGUAGACAAUGAAAUUAUUUUUCACAAUGCAAUUGGACUUCGCAAGACAAAGAUUUGAAUGCCAUUAUUGCUGAUUACAAUUUUCCUGCAAGGAAUGGUGUUCAUCCAGUAUAUAUAAUAAGUUACCAUUUCACCACUUUUCACAUCAAAACUUUAUUCGAGCUUCUGAAUCACCUCAUAGUUUUUUCCCCCACCAAUAUGGAAGGCCUAUUUUCUGUGAUUUUUAUGUUGUUUGUUGCUAUACCUAGCUUGUAUGCUAGAGUAACACCCAAUGCAGGAUCUAGCAACUUCAAUAUUGUUAACUAUGGUGCAAAAGGGGAUGGCCAAACUGAUGAUUCACAAGCUUUUGUGAAAGCAUGGAAUGAUUUGUGUGCUGCAACUCAAGGUGCCCCAACACUUCUCAUACCCAAAGGGAAAUCAUUCAUGUUGCAACCUGUGUCAUUUAAAGGUCCUUGCAAAACUAACAAUGUUAACAUUGAGCUUCAGGGCACUCUUGUUGCCCCUAAAAGUGUUGUUGCUUGGAAAUGGGCAAAUAAUAAUAAGGGAGCAUGGAUCGAUUUCUCAGGCAUAAAUGGCCUUGUUAUUAGGGGAGGAGGAACAUUCGAUGGGCAAGGUGCUACAUGGUGGGCCAAGUACUCUGAUGAUUCUGACAGGCCAAGUGCACUUCGGUUUCAUAGCUGUAAGAAUCUAGCGCUUAGUGCAACGAAUCACAUCAACAGCCCAAGAAAUCACAUAAGUAUAAGUACAUGCAGUGACUCUAGCAUUUCCAAUAUUCAUGUUACUGCCCCAGAGGAAAGUCCUAACACCGAUGGGAUUGAUAUCUCAGGAUCAACUAACAUCCUCAUUAAGGAUUCUACGAUCCGAACUGGAGAUGAUUGCAUUGCCAUCAAUGAUGGUUCCUCUUUUAUCAACAUAACUGGUAUUACAUGUGGUCCUGGCCAUGGCAUCAGUGUUGGGAGCCUCGGGAGAGAUAGAAAGUUGGCUAAAAAACACUUUUGGCCCCUGAUGUUUCAAGUUUGUGCAAAUUAUGCCCCUAUUCUAUUUUUGUCGACGUUUCUACCCCUCAUGUUUUCAAACAGUGCACCGUCUACCCAUCCGUCACUCAGGCUUUCUCAGGAGAGGUUCCUGAGUAGAUUGGAGCCUAGAAAGUUUGAAACAGUAGAAGAGGUACAUGUGAGAAAUUGCAUCUUCCAAGGAACCACAAAUGGUGCCAGAAUCAAGACAUGGCAGGCAGUGAAAGUGAGUGAAGUUACUUUCCGUAACUUCACAGGAAACUCAGCUUCCGAGGAGGCAAUCACACUAAAUUGUGACCCUACCGUCGGCUGCACCGGCAUUAUAUUAAAUAAGAUUAACAUAAAAUAUGUAUCCGCAGGGAAAAGAACACGUGCAUUGUGUAAUAAUGUUCGUGGGUCAUUCUCUUUAUGUAGUCCAAAUGUUGUCUGUUCUUGACUUGAGAUGUACUAGCCAAUUAGGUUCUUGAAGUAGUAAAUAGGAUCCAGUGCAUUUAGCUAUGUUUAAACCCUAAGUAUCGUUUCGACAAAAAAAACCUAAGUAUCAUUUUCUAGUAAGGUUGACUUCAUCUCUUGUACUUAGUUA